AAAUGAGUUGGGUUAGGUUAGGUUAGAUUCUAUUCUGGAACCAGUGAAUAAGAAGUACCAAGUUAGUCCCAAUCCCAAAUUUCUCAUCCCUUUUCGGAAAAAUAGUGUGGAAAUUUUUCUUAACCAAAACAUCUGGGAUUGAUUAUGGAGGAAUUACCAAAAGCGAAGAAUGAAAAACCUACUCAGCAAUCUCUACAUCAAGAUGAUGCUGAUGAGGAAGAUGAAAGUGUUAAGCAACUCGAGGAAUGUUCUGUUCUCUAUUUGACUUUACAGGAUUGUCUAGUUGAAAAUAACAGAAACUGGAAAGCUUGUCAAGCGGAAGUUCAAGCUUUGAAAGCAUGUCAUGAGAGGAAGAACAAUAACAAGAAGAAGUGAAGUUACUGAUUGGAAUUGUGUAGGUUUUUGGUGAUUUUUACUAGUUGUAGAGUCUUUGAUUCUUUCGGACAUUUUCAAUUACAGCACCCUUGUUAGAAGAACGCUGAAUACAGUAUGUUUAAAUUUUGAUUCAAUAAGACUGGCUUUCAGUCAUUGACGUACAACAACAAUUACUACAUGUACUGUUAAGAGCAGCAAUCAUUUCACAAACCUGAAAGUUUAAGCUUGUCUUGAAAAUUAAUCAAAAUGAACAUUUACUUGGUCUGAUACUCUUAAACUGUGGUUUGAAAGCAAAAUUGUUUAAGGUAACUGAUGAGUAGAGAAUGCCCCAGCACCAUGUUGGAAAAACAGAACAGAAUAACAAGGCGAUAAUAGAUGAACUCAAAUGAAAGCAGAAGAUAAAUCAAAACUACCAUUGGAUUAAAAAGUGAGUGUAGUUUUGGGAGGGGUAUUCACAAACUUCAACUGGAGUGGAAUUAGAGUAGAGCAUUUACAUAAAAACCUGCCCAUGUAUUUGUUAAUAUUUAUAUGUAAAGAAAGACAACAAAAAGAAGAAAGCCUCCUCUGCAAAAAAAACAAGAAAAAUGGUUUCUUCAUAUCCGAUACUUCAACUUGAUAUAUGGAAGCUAGGUCAUUAUCUCUCCCCGGACUUUUUCUUUCCUUUUUACUUUGUUCUGGAUUAGUAGAUGCGAGUUGAAGCAGCCCUUUUUUUCUUACUCUCUUAGACAGCGCUGAGUGGUUAGUUACAAUGUUCAUUUACAAGCAUGGUGUGACAAAGUGUUUGCAAUAGGGUAUGUCAACAACUCAACAUGGUAUUUUAUGCACUUGAACUGAAAAACUCGGAAGUCAAGAUCCAUUCAGUAAUAAAGUAUAUGUGAGACUUUCCAGAUUGCAGCCCGAAAAAACAACAUUCAACUCCAAACAAAAUAGGGCCUGCAGAGAAGAUUACUGAAUACCUCAAUGCAGACAGGAAGGAAUAAUGAGAUGCAAGGGUGUAAGGUCAA